AAAUGAUUGAAGCGGCUAAAAGACGUUAUUGGUGGCCUCACCAGAGGAAAGACAUCAUAGAUUUCUGUGACUCCUGCGAGGUAUGCCAAACUAUUAAGGCUCCGCACAAAUAUAAUAAGGCACCCUUAGAACCCAUUAUAACUGGCCAUCCGAAUGACUUAGUACAAAUAGACUUGGUUGGACCUCUCCCAGUAACUUCCAGAAAUAAUAACUAUAUUUUAGUCAUGGUAGACCAUUUUACCAAAUGGUGCGAGGCUAUUGCGAUCCCACAGAUUGAUGCUGUAACCAUCGCAGAGUCAAUUUUUGACCACUGGGUCAGCCGUUGGGGGGCACCACUUCAACUGCAUUCAGAUCGAGGAUCCAACUUUGAAAGUAUCGUUGUCAGCGAACUCUGUCGUAUAAUGGGUAUCCGGAAGACACGCACUACCGCGUACCACCCACAGGGAAAUGGCUUGGUUGAACGCACCAAUCGGACACUUAAAUCCCUCUUGCAGGCAUUUGUAGAUCAAAACAACCCCAGGGAAUGGGACCGAUCACUCUCACAGUGCUUAAUGGCAUACAGAGCAAGCAUUCACAAAGCUACGCGUCAAACGCCUCAUUAUAUGGUCACUGGAAGAGAACUCCGGUUGCCAAUCGAUCUGACUUCAAACACACUAGGAGAGGAUACACUGAUUGCAUCCGAACACGUAAUCAGACUUCGACGAAACCUGAACAAGGUACAUCAGAUGACUAGGGAUAUACUCCAAACAAACCAGAGGUACCAGAAAGAAUACUAUGAUAGGAAAGCACAUGGAUCACCAGUGGAGCCAGGAGACAAGGUGAUGCUACUUAAGGAGGCACCACCUAAAGGGAAAGCUCUUAAAUUCCAUAAACGCUGGGAAGGACCAUUCACUGUAGUAGAGGUACUAAGUGACUGCACCUGUAGGAUUCAGGAACCGAAUUCCUCUCAUAGUCUAGUCACACACUUCAAUAGACUAAAACCUUUUCGACAACAGGCCUUAGUUCAGACAAGUCCCGCAGGAACAGUCACCUAGCACUGCGGACAGUGCUCCUAUGGGAGAGGGGGUAGUGUAAGGCAUGGUAAGUUUGGCGGUUUUCUAAUGUUCAAACCAUGCUUGUCUACUUUCAGGUUGGCUGCGAAGUAUGCAGGGAUUGGUUACCCAAGACGAGGCAACGGAUGACCAAUAGGAGUGCCCUUCCCUCUUAUCUAAUUGUAUUGCGAUUGGUUGUAAAUAUAAUACUUGACCUUGAGUCUUCGUUCUUACUAGCACGCAACACUUGUGUGAUCACGCUGCUAACGUGCGCUUUGCUCUCUGUUUCAGAUCAUUGCUUGACGAGUGGGAUCACAACGUGGAUCGACCUUGA